AUGGGUAGUAGGUUCACUAUACCACCUCCAAAGGAAGAUCACCUUCGCAAGCUACUGCUUCGAGUGAUUGACGAGCUGGCGGAUGGCAAUGGGCCAUGCACCCGCCGACAGUCCUCGGCACUCGAUCUACAAUGGAAAGUUGACCGGCAUCAAGGUCCUGUGGUACGCCUGAACCCAGAUGAGCUGCAUUUCAACGACCCGCAUUACUAUGACGAAAUCUUCAACAUCAAGAAUGGGAAGACUGAGAAGCCUUACAACGUGGCUAAUACAUUCGGACCAUAUGCAGCUGUAAUCGGAACAGUUGAUCAUGAUCUUCAUCGCAUAAGACGUGGCGCGUUGAACCCAUUCUUUGCCAAACGCUCCGUGAUUGAGAUACUACCUUUCGUGCAAGAUAUCAUCGAAAGACUGUCCGAUCGAUACGACGCCGCAAGCAAGACAGCAGAGCCCAUAAAUCUGAAAUAUAGCUAUGCUGCUCUCACACUGGACAUCAUGAACGAGUACUGCUUCUCUAAGGACACCCAAACCGUCAUGAAGUCUGACUACGGCCGGAAGUCCUUUGACGAUGUUGAUUCCUUUCUCGCAAUAAGUCUAGUGAACAUCCAGAUACCCUGGCUGGUGAAAGCAAUAUACUCUUUGCCAGACUGGUUUUCGAGGAUCAUCAAUCCAGCAAUGGGGGAUAUACUUGACGUGCGAGAGGGAUUGGCAAAGCUAGUGGAAGAUAUUCGACAUGGCAAUGACCUCUCAUACGAGAAAUCGGGUCAUCGCACCAUUUUCCAUGACCUUCUCGAGAGCAGAUUGCCAUCUUCAGAGUUAGAGAGAGUUCGUCUUCGCGAUGAGGCAUUCAGUCUGAUUACUGCGGGGUCAGCGACAACUGCCUACGUCCUGAAAGCCGUGUCAUACUUCAUAGCGGCGAAUCCUGCCGUGCGCCAGAAGCUAUUCCAGGAAUUGAAGACAGUGAUUCCUGGGCGUGGUGAUCGUCCUAGGCUUCAAGAUGUAGAAAAGCUACCGUACUUGACUGCAGUCAUCCAAGAAGCUCUCCGCAUCUCGCAACCCGUCACUCAUCGCAUGUGUCGAGCCUUUCCAGACAAAGCCCUGACAUACAAUGGCCUCACCAUCCCACCAGGCACAGCCAUACAUUCGACCACGCUGUUGCUUCAUGAGAAUGAAAAGCUUUUCCCAGACCCUCAAGCUUUCAAGCCCGAGAGGUGGCUGGGUGAAGAGGGCCAGGAAUUGCAGCGUUAUCUGGUCCCAUUUGCUCGAGGCACAAGGGCAUGUCUCGGCAUCAACCUAGCGUGGGCUGAGCUGUACCUCAUUGUCGCCACCGUCUUCAGACGCUUUGAUUUCGAUGUCAGCGGCGUCGUUCGACAACGAGACGUGGAUGUUGCGGCAGACAGGAUUCUGCCCGUCUCAGCACCCGACUCGCCAGGCAUGAUCGUCAAAGCCCUUGCGAUUGAGGAUUGA